AUGGAGGUAGCGAAGGACACGGAUCCUCCUAAUUCGGGUCCCGUAACCAUCCGUGCUCACUUCAUUCCGGAACCGACAACUGCGCGAAUCGUUGACGAUAGAGAUGUGGAUGAAAAAGGUUUUACAUGCACAAAUGAAGAUGUCUGGAUGAGGGUCGAGUCCUGCACAGAUUGUACUAGUGAUGAAAACGGGUUGCGCGCUCGUCGUUCGCUACCAUUCCGUUCCAGCAAAUUCUGGCUUCGUCUGAUUCGACCGUGGAAAUGGCGCCACGUAAAGAGGAAGCUGCAAAGAUCAGGCAGCGAACGUUCUCGCAAACUGAUGUCCACUCGUACGUCCGUAUGUCCACCGUCCCCGUCGUUGCCAAAUUUACAUAGCGCCACUGUACAGUCUAGUCAAGAGGAAUCAGUACCGUAUAGAAGCUCAAGUGAUGCUAUCGUAGAUAUGGUAUUUCACACGAAUUUCUUCAAAAAAUUGCCCAGAAGUAAACCUACGGCGACUUCGCAUGAAGUGAAUGUCACAGAUCGUCUCUCAGCUGAUCCGAAAACGUCAACGUGCAAUAGUGUAGAUAGACCAACUUCCCUUCCAUCAACGUCUAUUUUGCCUGUUCAAGUAGCCCCAUCCUGCGUCACAAAUGUCCGGAUCGAUGAUCAACCUGUCCAGGUACAAAUGUCAGGUGAACAAAUCUCGAAUAAUUCCUAUUCGAUUCAGGAUAAUAAUCAAGGAGUAGGCGAACCACUGAACAGUUCUGAAUCAAGAAUGAAUGGAGAAGAAGAUUAUUUUGAAUCGAACAUAGAGUCAAGUAUUCUUCUCGAAGGAUAUGUGGGUAUUGAAGCGAAGGAACCAAACCUUGCGGCUCGACCUGAGAAGCCAGUAUUGAAAAAACCUGGUCAACCGUCAAGGCUACGAGUUCGUAAAAGGAUUAGCGAAUCCAGGGGGGACUCAACAAGGACGUUCAGAACGGAUUCGUUGCCAACUCAUCUGACAGAUGACAGUGACAGUGACAAUCCGAUCGAAUACAGAGACGAUGACGGAUCUCAUCUCCGAUAUCCACCUACUACAUCACGAUAUGAGGAAGAAGAUGAGGAGGAGGAAGUUCCGAUAGGUGGCGGUGGUUUGGCGGCCAAAGUUCAACGAAAGGAUACACUAGCUUUACGACUCGAUGCGCCACCGUGCAAGGAUGAUAUUUGUGGACAAACAGCGGAUGAUCGUCGAACUUUGAUGCAUAAAGCGUCGAUUAAAUUGGAACGAAAACUAAGUGAACGUCCGUCAGCUGUAGAGCUUGAGGAUAGAAAUAUCCUGAGAAGAGAUGGUGGUGCAAAAACAAUGGAAGAGAAGAGGAAGCUGUUGCUGAGGAAGCUAAGUUUUCGACCAACGAUCGCACAACUAAAAGAACAACAGAUCAUACAGUUCAACGACUACGUUGAAGUAACUCAAGCGGAAGCAUAUGAUCGCAAAGCGGACAAACCAUGGACGAGAUUGACGUCGACGGAUAAGGCACUUAUCCGUAAAGAACUAAACGACUUCAAAGCCCUGGAAAUGGAUGUUCACGAAGAGAGCAGAAUAUUUACGAGGUUCCACCGACCUUAA